AUACGUCUUGUUAAUGAAAUAGGCCUCACAAUCGAAAGCUACACAAAUUUUGGCCAUGUUUGUGUUGUUAUCAAAAACAUGGCUUAUCAAAAUAUGCUUUGGGCUUCAGCUAGUGCUGAUGUCAUGUCAUCGAGCUAGGACUCAUUUCAUUAGAAGGAGAAGGAGGCAAAAAAGUGGAUUUUGAAAAAUGAGGUCGAUAAUAGCAUCAGAGAGGACAAUAUGGGGGGUGCUUGCAGUGAUUCGUCUCAUUAAUGCAAUGUUAAUACAGACAUAUUUUGUUCCUGAUGAAUUCUGGCAAUCAGUAGAAGUUGCUCAUAAGAUGGUGUUCAAAUAUGGUUACUUGACAUGGGAAUGGAGAGUUGGGAUACGUGGCUUUGCAUAUCCUUUAGUUUUUGCUACAGCAUAUCAUCUUCUGGCCAUGGCUGGUUUGGACUACAGAAUUUUGCUGAUCAAACUCCCAUAUCUUCUUCAAGGAAUUUUAGCCAGUAUUGGAGAUUUAUUUCUUUUUCGCUUAUCAAGACGUUUAUCGGGACAUGCUGUUGCACAGUGGACACUUCUAUGCAGCUUACUCUCAUGGUUUAUGGCAUACUGCUGUACACGUACCUUGACGAACUCAACAGAAAUGGUGCUUGUUACCAUGGCUCUUUAUUACUUCCCCUGGCCAAGCUUACCAGGGGGAAAUCUCAAAACGUUUACAUUGCUGGCUGCAACUGCUGUUAUAGUGCGGCCUACGUCAGCUGUGUUGUGGCUACCGCUAUGCACCUGGCAACUAAUCCAGUGUAAAUCAGAAAAUUUAAAAGCUUCUUUGCGGAUUUACUUCUUGAUUGGAUUAUCAGUUUUGGGAAUGUCCACUAUCAUUGAUCGAAUUUUCUAUGAGCACUGGGUGGUGGCUCCUUUAAACUUCAUGCAAUUCAACAUAAUGAGUGGUGGAAGCAGUUUCUACGGUACAAAUCCCUGGCAUUGGUACUUUAGCCAAGGAAUCCCAGCAGUCCUUGGCGUCAAUGUGGUGCCAUUUCUUCUGGGAAUCAGAUGCUCGAAUACCAAAAUUCCACUUCUACUUAUUAUUUGGUUUACUGCUGUUUUAAGCUUUCUACCUCAUAAGGAGUUUCGCUUCCUCCUACCUGUCCUACCAUUAUCAAUGCACUACUGUGGAGAAUAUCUGCAUAGCAUCAGCAUUAUCACGCGUCAGAGUUGCAAAAAAGAUGGAAAGGUAGCAGUGGCUGUAGAGGAAAAGAGGAGUGAUGUACAGGAAUAUUCAUGGGCAAACUCUUACAAGAUUCACAGGAAGUUGCCUGAUGUUAAGCCACACGACAGUAUUGAGUCAUCACAAAAAUUAAAUGCCAAGCUGUUUAAGAGUGACAAAAGGUUUAACAGCAAGAAGGCAUACAAAGUAAAAUGUACAAUAUUGCUUCUUGGCACUUUUAACCUACUUCCCUUUCUUUAUUUCUCUCUCAUUCACCAGCGAGGCACUGUUGAUGUCAUGAACUAUUUGCACAAUGUGGCAUUAAAUCAAACACUGGAUAAUGGGACAAUGGCAGUGAAUGAUCUAAAUUUCAUGUUUUUAAUGCCUUGCCAUUCCACCCCAUAUUACAGUUUCCUUCACUUCAAUGUGAGCAUGCGAUUUCUUACAUGUGAGCCUAAUCUGAACCAAAGAAAUGAUUACAAAGAUGAAGCAGAGAUCUUCUUUUUAGAUCCUAACAAGUGGCUUAUUGAUGAGUAUAAAUGCAAAGGUUGCAAGCUUCCCACACAUAUUGUAUAUUUUAAUUCACUAGAAGAAAACAUAUUUGAAUUUUUGAUGCAAAAUAGGUACCAAAAAUGUGCACAGUAUUUUCACAGUCAUAUCCCAGAAGGAAGGAUCGGAUCACAUGUCAUUGUGAGUUGCAGAUAGUCUUCAACUGCUUAUUGUUGUCUGCUUAUGAUUCCUGAAAAUAAAAAAAGCAUAUUCUUGAUUGUAAACUGUGACUAUUUUCUAUUUUGCAAAAUUCAGAAAAAAAAUUAUAUUUAUGCUUUAUAAAUAUCAA